AUGGAAGGCAAGAACAACGAAGAGACCCCGAUGGAGCAUCCCGAAGAUGCUGACGAACAAGACGUCAUCGAGGAGGGCGAUCUCGCUGAAACGUUAGAGGAGAUGGAACUUGCAGAUGUGGAAGCCGAAGGUCUGGAAGGCGAAGAAGGUGAAGAGGAAGAGCUGCCUGAUGACUCCAUCCAGGGCUUCUUCGCCCACAAAGAGCCGGUCUACACGGUGUCGCUGUGCUCGGCCAUCCCGGGCCUGGCGGUCAGCGGAGGUGGUGACGACCAGGCCUACCUGUGGCAAACCGACAGCGGCGAAACGAAGGCGCAACUCACCGGGCACACGGACAGCGUCACGUGCGCGCGGUUCAACAAGGACGGCAAGCUGGUGGCCACGGCGGGCCUCGAUGCCUGCGUCAAGAUCUGGAACACAGAGAACGGCGAGCUGCUCAAGACCCUCGAAGGCCCCGGCGAGGGCUUGGACUGGCUGAUGUGGCAUCAGCGCGGCAACGUGCUCUUGGCCGGCUCCGGUGAUGGCACCGCGUGGAUGUGGCUGGCCUCCAGCGGUGAGUGCAUGAACAUGUUUGUGGGCCAUGCCGGGCCGGUGACCUGCGGCGGGUUCUCGCCCGACGGCAAGCUCAUCCUCACCGCCUCGGAGGACGCCACACUCCGCGUGUGGAAUCCCAAGACCGCGCAGCCCAAGCACGUCAUCCAAGGGUUCGGCUACCACGAAGAGGGCGUGAUCUGCAUGAGCAUGCACGAAGAGAAGCCCCUCGUGCUGACGGGCUCGCACGACAAGACGGCCAAGCUCGUCUCCUACGCCACCGCCAAGACCUUGGCCGAUCUGAAGGGUCACGAAAACUCUGUGGAGUCCGUCGGCUUCUGUCACUCACACCCGUUCAUCGCCACGGGCUCGAUGGACAACACCAUCCGAAUCUGGGACCUCAACACGGGCCAGUACCGACAGACCUGCCAGGGCCACGAAGACGGAGUGGUGAAGAUCAAGUGGCACCCGCAGGAGCCGCUGCUCUUCUCCUGCUCCACGGACCGAACGAUCCGCUUGUGGGACGCGCGCACGGCCACGCAGGUGCGGUCGUGGCUGGGUCACCAGGACAUGAUCCUCGACUUUGAUGUCUCCAGUGAUGGCAAGACGGUGGUGAGCGCCUCGGAGGACAGCACCGUUCUGGUCUUCUCCGUCGACAACUGA